GGAAUACCGGCCGGUUUCUGUCUAUUAUAAAGUGUUUUCUAACUAUUUAUUUGCCUUCCGAAAAAAAAAUCGUACACUAAAGUUUACAGUCAGUAAAACUAGUAAGGACGACUACUUGUCAUAAACAAAGAUAAAAAUAUAUAGUUCAUAGUAGCUAUAUUUGUAACUAUGACAUCUUUUAUCAAAUUAUUAAUUCUACAAACAAUUCUAUUAAUUAUUGUUUCUUGUCAAAAUGGCCGUCAAAUGUAUCAUGGUAAUAAUUAUUUACGUUAUCAUGGGAUAAUUCAACCAACUCAACCAAGUCAUGUACGUCGAUGGAUUGUUCUACUUGGACGUAAAGUAGUAUUAAAUUGUUCAGUGAAUUUACCACCAGAGGUGAAUCCAAGUCAAGUACAAUAUAGAUGGGAACAUCCUGAAGGUAAUAUAUUAGGAUACAGUAAACUGUAUGUUAUACCUAAUGUAACGAUGAAUGAUGCUGGUGUUUAUACAUGCCAUAGUUCAGCUUAUGUUGGAUUUGGUGGUGAACAAUGGGUUGAUCAACAUCGUCUUUAUUUGGAAGUUCAAGAUGAUAUUUCAAUGGCUGGUGGUGACAGAAACUCUGAACCCACAAUUGUACUGAAUCCAGGUGAUCCUGGACCAUUAGAUGUGAAUUUUGGAGAAUUGCUUUAUUCUCGUUGUUCAGUACUUGAUAGUAAUCAAUAUUCAUACAGAUGGAUACAACGUGCACCUGAUGGGACUAUAAAAGAAAUAUCUUCUGACGCUAGACUUUAUAUAACGAAUUUUGGACCGGAACAUUUACAGUAUCCAUUACGAUGUGAAGUUACGCGAUUAUCAGAUGAUGAAACUUUUGAGAAAGUUUUAAAUCUUCGACUAGAAAUAUACAUGUAUAUAUAUACAUUUAUUCAUUUAGGCAAAAGAUGUUAAUCAUCCCCUAUACACAUAAUUCAUUUGUGAUCUUACUAACUGCAUGUAGAUUGCAUGAAAUUAAUUUUACUAAAGUUGAAAAGAAAAAAGAACCAUUCAAAGUACCAGAUCAUGAAUUUGGUUGAUAAUUUUUUUCUUUCAUUUGUCAUCAUAAUUAUUAUUAAUUUAUCAUGAAGUGAUCAUUUUGUAAUAAUAAUAAUAAUAAUAAAGAGAAUUAUUUUUUCAUAUUAGAAUGUAUUUUAUUAAUUAUCCAGCAUCAUCAGGUGAACUAAGUACUGAUGAUGAAUAUAAAACAUUAAAUUUAACUAUCAAACCAUUACCGAAUGAAGAUUUUCGUCAAGGAACUAUAAUGAGACAAUGUUUAUUUGAAAAUGAUCCUGAAAUCAAUGAAUUAUUUGAUUUUCGUUGGAUUGAUCAAAAUGGUCGUAUUGUAACUAAUGGUGAUACAUUGUAUUUAUUGAUUGAAGAUCCGAGUGAAUUGAGCAAUUAUACAUGUGAAGCAACCAAUCGUCAAACAGGUGUAAUUUACCAAGCCAAAUACCGUGUAUCUAUGCUGAACGGUCAACAAGCUAUGCAGCAUAUUGUUAAUAUUCGACCAAUUACUGGUGAAGUCAUCAUUGGCAGACCGUAUGAAAUGGUUUGUGAAGUUGAACCGCAACCGGAAGAGCCAAUCAGUUUUGUAUGGUAUCAUAAUGCCAAAGUUGUGCAUCGUGAAGCAUUAUUACGUUUGAAUUCAUUAUCGUAUCGUGAUAUAGGUAUGUAUAUAUGUCGAGCUGAAUGGACACCAAGAUAUUCACGUACUGCUAUAUCAGCUAAUGCAACAGCUGAAUUAAGUUUGGCAUUGACACGAGAAACAAAAAUUGAAAUGAGUCCUCCGCCUGGUUCAGUUAUGGUUUCUUUACCUGGAGAAACACGUGAACUUCACUGUGAAUUUCCUGUAGCUAAUCCAAGAGAUGUUAGGUGGUAUUUUGAAAAUCAAUUAUUAGAGAAUCAUCCAACUGUGAAUGCUACAGGCAAAAUAUUUCGUAUCGAUCGUUUAAGAGUAAGUAUUGUGACAAUUCGUGGCAUAGAAUAUGAUCAUGGAGGAACAUACGAGUGCAGAAUUGGUCGUGAUAUAAAACAAGCACAUUUAGUUGUUAGAGCUGAAGAAGGAUUGGAAAUCAAUCCAAAAUCGGAUACAGUUGAUGAAGGUGAAGCAGUAGAAUUUCAUUGUCGUGUACAUGGAAUGGAUGGUAACAUUAAUCGUCAAUUAGAAUGGUAUUAUAGACCAUUUUAUAGUUCGACACGUGUACGUCUUGAUGUUGAUGCACCUGAUAGUUUUAUGCGUCAUGAUGAUCUAGUUGCUCAACAUACCAGUUUUAUUAGUAAAAGCAGAGCACGUGUUGCUGAUCAAGGUGAAUAUAUUUGUAGACUACCAUCUCAAAAUGAAGAAAUUGUCGGAAAACUUUUUGUUAGAGCAGUAAAAAGUUACAUAUUGACAAUCACACCUCAGAGAUUGACUGUUCGACCAUAUCAACCAGUAGAGUUUGAGUGUUUUGCCGCAUCUGAAGAUGGACAACCGGCUCCAUUUACUCCACGAUUUCGAGUUAGAGAUUCAAGAAUCAGUUUCGAAACUACACGUGUCAGUGAAAACCGUGCAAGAUUUGUGUUGCAACGAGGAUUAGGUCCAGAUCAAAAUGGAACGAUUGUUGAAUGCCUUUCAGAUGAACCAAGUAAACCAACAUCAGCAAUAAUUACAGUUGAAGAUAUCUGUCCAGAUGGUUCACGUCGCUGUCGUUCUGGUCAGUGCCUACCAGCUGGAAGAUUCUGUGAUGGAGUGAGGGAUUGUGAUGAUGGUUCAGAUGAAGAUCCUAAAAUGUGCAAUAUUUGUGAUCCACUUUCAAGAAAAUGUGAAUAUUAUCAAGGAAAAGAAUCGACAGUAUCAACAUUUAUGGUACAUUGGACUUGUGAUGGUGAAAAUGAUUGUGGAAAUGGUUUUGAUGAAUCAAAUUGUGAAGCACGAGCUUCAGAACGUUGUCAAGAUCGAAUGUUUAGUUGUAAACGAGAUGGUCGUCAAAUUCCAAUGGCUUUUGUAUGUGACAAGGAUCGAGAUUGUAGUGAUGGUGAAGAUGAAUUAACUUGUGCUCCGCCAAUGAUUGCCGAACCACGUACUACACGUUAUUCUGUUCGUAGAGGUGAUACUGUAGUUCUUGUUUGUGAAGUCACAGGCAAUCCUGUGCCCUAUGUGAUAUGGCGCUUCAAUUGGGGGUGUCUUCCUGAGGAACCUAGUCGUUUCAGAAUAAGCAAUGUACCCAGAAACUGUAAUGCACCUAUGCCAACUGUCGUGAGUACCCUGACAAUUUCAAAUGUAAGACCAGGAGAUGAUGGAAUUUAUAAUUGUGAAGGUCUUUCAGGAGCUACUCGAGCGUUAUCCAAUGACUUAGUUGUCAUGAUUGGAGGUUAACUAACUUAUCAGGUUUCAUGAAAAGCCAAUAACAACAUCCAAUAAAAAAACACAAACAACAUUGAAUUUAUUUAAAUAAGUCCAUAAAAAAAACAGAAACAUUUUAGAAGUGUUUUCUUUUUAGUUAAUAAUAUUCCUAUUCAAUUUGAAUUUGUUCUAUUCUUUUCAAAAGCCAAUGAAGUAAACAAUUUAAACAAGCAAAUUUUCAAAAUAUUUAUAUACAUAUAUAUAUAUAUAUCAACAGUUAAAACAAACAAACAUUUAGCUAUAUUCAAUAAUAAAAAAAGCUUAUUUAUUUUACAUAUUUAUUUAUCAAUUAUUAUAUAAGAAUUAAAUGUUUUAAUCAUAAACAAUACUAUGAAUUCAAAUGAUCAAUUCAAUAUUCAAUAAUAAAUUGCAUUUUUCAAAAAAAUGUUUUAAUGAAUCACAUUUAGUAAUUUUACAUUACCAGAUAUAAUUAUUUAAUGAUACUGUCAGUUUAUUUUCAUUAUUUAAAAGAAAAAAACGACAACCAACCAAAGGGAAAUAAUUCAACUUUGUAUUGAAUAUGAAUAAUUUCUAUGGUAAAUUAAUAGAAUUGUUUAAUGUUAAAAAUUUCAAUGAACAAAUGGUAUAUAUUCUUCAAUAUGAUGUUUUUAUUUUAUUUUUCAGCUUAAUAAUGAUACCAAUUGAGUUAUUAAUCUUAAUUAAUUAUAAUGUUAUUUUAGAAAUUAUUUACGCUUAAAAAAUAUUUUUUUUUCUUUUUCAUGUUUAAAUAAAAAAAAUGCUAAUAUUUCUUUGAAUUGAUUAUGUUCUAUGUUGCUUUGGAGAUUUUGUUUCUUAGAAUAACUAAGUAUUCAUGACAAUUCAUACUUAGUAAACGUCUGAAUAUACAUUUUAAAAGAAAAAUGAAUGAAAUCUGAACUUCCUGUCAUGAAUGCUUUUUAGACAAUUAAACAUAAGUUGGUUAACGGUAACUACUGCGAUUUGUAAAAAAGAAAUUUUGUUACAUUUUUGCAAAAUCUUGUAUUUUGAGCUACAUGGUUUAACAUAGGAUCUUCCAUUUUCUUGUUGGACACUAUCAUCGGUACCCAAUUAAAGUGAAAAUGAGUUAUUCAAAAUUACACUAUAAGAGCUGAACUAGUGUUUUUUGACGAUUAUUUUUGCUACCGGCUGUUUCUGUAAGCCCCGUCAACUUUAUACAUCUCUAGAUUCUAGUCAACUAUUUUGUUCGAUUGACCUCUAAUCAUAUCACUCGGUGACCUCCUUCAUAUAUUUGGAAAAAGUGAGUCUAUAUUGAUAUGAUUUUCAGCUACGUAUUGGACUAAAUAUCAUCCUUCUCUAUGUUUUCUAAACUUUUUGGAAUUAUCUCGGACCACAUAAAACAUAAAAUCACUGCUUCUGUUUAAUAGGAACUAUUUGAGUAACUAGUGUUAUCCGGUCACUAGGUAAAUGAUAUUAUAAAACGAUGUAUAUUGACAGGUGAAUGAAUGCUUUAAGAAUUAGCUUUCCGAACUGUCAUAUCAUUUUCUUUGUCCAGUGCCUCCAGAUCUUCAAUGGUGAUCUGGUUUAAUUCAGUUCACGAUUUCAAUGAAAUUAAACAAUCUUCACGAUCUCAUAUUGAAAAUUUUUCUUGUUGUUGAUUAAUUAUUCUGAGUAGGAGAAUUCAUGAUUUCAGAG